GCAAGACGGUUGUGGCAGGAGGACUCCUCCUCCAGCUGCUGCUGGAACGAGGCGAAGAGAGCGAAAGGUAGCCCGCCCGUCUCCACCAGGCUGCGUCUUCUCCAGGCAGAACCGGGGAGGACUGAGUUCAUGGUGAGGAGGAGGAGCAGGAGCCGGGACUGGGGGCCGACAGCGCCUCCGGCCUGGCCGGGUGGAGGCGGCGGUGGCGGCGGCAGCACGAGAAGGAGGAGCUGCGGCAGCAACAGCGGCGGCGCGGAGCUGGAGCGGCUGCCCCUGAACAUGGCGGCAGCGGAGCAGCACCUGACGGAAGCCGCCUCCGCCCCCCUCCCUGCAAGCGGGAGCUGUGCCUUCUCGUCGUCUGGGUCGGUGCCGGUGCUCUUCUGCUUUUCUGUGUUCGCUAGGCCUUCGUCGGUGCCGCACAGCUCCGGUUAUGAGGUGCUGAUCCAGAAGUUCCUGAGCCUCUACGGCGACCAGCUCGACAUGCACCGCAAGUUCGUGGUGCAGCUUUUCUCUGAGGAGUGGAGCCAGUACAUAGACCUGCCCAAGGGCUUCCUGGUGAACGAGCGUUGCAAAGUGCGCCUGGUGCCGCUGCAGAUACAGCUAACUACCCUGGGAAACCUCACACCUUCAAGCACUGUGUUCUUCUGUUGUGAUAUGCAAGAGAGAUUCAGACCUGCUAUUAAGUAUUUUGGAGACAUUAUCAGUGUAGGCCAACGAUUGCUUCAAGGUGCUCGGAUUUUAGGAAUCCCUGUUAUUGUAACGGAACAGUAUCCAAAAGGUCUGGGGAGCACAGUGCAAGAAAUUGACUUAACUGGAGCUAAACUUGUCUUACCCAAAACAAAAUUUUCUAUGGUAUUGCCUGAAGUUGAGACUGCAUUAGCAGAAAUCCCUGGAGUUCGCAGUGUUGUUUUAUUUGGAGUAGAAACUCAUGUGUGCAUCCAACAGACAGCCCUGGAAUUGGUGGGCAGAGGUUUGGAAGUUCACAUUGUGGCAGAUGCAACCUCCUCGAGAAGUAUGAUGGAUAGAAUGUUUGCCUUAGAGCGCCUUGCUCGCACUGGGAUUAUUGUUACCACUAGUGAAGCUAUACUGUUGCAGCUGAUAGCUGACAAAGAUCAUCCCAAAUUCAAAGAAAUUCAGAACCUCAUUAAGGCAAGUGCUCCAGAGUCGGGACUUCUUUCCAAAGUAUAAAGAGAGUGUCCUUGAAAGAACCUUGACAGUGAAAGGAAACUAAAAAGCUGUAAGUACACACACGUGCACACACCCUUCUUUUUCUCCUGGCAAAAAUAUAAAACUACAAAUUGAUGUAUUUGUGUUUGCCUUAGCAGAAUUCAUUUGGUUUUGCUGUCCAAAUGCCAUUGUAUUCAGUUAAUCCCUAUUAUGUCUUCGGGUACUAUAGAAUCAUUUUGUUGUCAGAACAACAUUUAAAAACAGGUGCUGUUUGUACUGUACUUACUGAUUGUAACACAGCUUUUCUUGAUUGUAUAAAUGUAUUGUGGUUUGUUUCAGUUUUUGUACCAAUAAUACACGUUGACAUAGAUAAUGUGGUAUGGUUUGACAGUCUACAAAUGGAGCCAUAUUUUAAAUAAAAUAGAAUGUAUAUACACCUUGGAGGGAAAACAUGGCUUAUCAUUAGAUAAACAGAGGAACAAAUAACAUAGGUGCAUUAUACCAGAUAGAUGAAUCUUAAUUACCCUGAUGCUUGAUUAUUCUUUAUUGAAUCAUGUUUGAAAGACCUUUUUAAUAAAGUUCCAACAAGGAAGGUCUGUAGGUUAAUGUUCACGUUAAAAUCAUAAACACCUUCUUUCAAUGUGUUAAUUAGACUGUUUGAAAUGUUAAUUCCUUUAAACAAUUCAGAUGAAUUUGUUCAAACUUCUCAUUUCCAAGUAUUGAAAUAACUUCUUUUUCUGGAUGUGUUGGAGGAUUUAUUUUUAAUCCUUGUAUGUUUAGACUUAAUUAACUCCAUCUGGCUUCUGUAUUCAAUCAAGCAAGUCGGGGGAAGGGCAGGGGGAGAAUCAGCUUCUUAAAUUUAAUGUAGGCUUCUGCAGUGGUAGAUGUAAAUGAGCUUCAAAAUGAAUAGGGCUUCUGUAACUUAAUGCAAUAUUUUAUAGCUGGAAGUACAUUUGAAUGUACUUGAAUGUACAUUUGAAGUACAUUGUUAAUACAGAAAAAUGCUUCAUUUUCUGAUUAAAGUUACUAUAAAGCAUAUGUAGGGUUAUAUACUAUUAACAUUGUUUUUAAAAAACAAAUGAACAGUGCUUGAAAGCCAGGAACUUUGGCUUUAUAAGAAACGAGAGGGGCCCGCAAGGAUUUCAGGGGGGCAUCUCAUUUUCCUCUACCCUUCCAUGCCCUGUUUCCCUACCCUGCCCUCUAUGGCCUCUUUCACUUUUUCUGCCUCCCUCUCUCAUUCCCACCCAUUUUUGUCUGCCCCGUCUUCACUUUUUCUUUCCCCACCCCAGUAUCCUCUUCCCUAUGGCCCAGUUGCAUGGUGAAGGGAGGUACUUCACUUUUUUAUCUGUGUUUCCUUCCCCGCACUAUUUCCUCUUUCCCUCGUGUUGGCAGUUUCCAUAUCCUUUUCUCCUUCAAAACCCCAAACAACUUACUUCUUUUCUGCCCUCCAGGGAAACCAAGCCUGGAAUACAGACUGAACUAUUAUGGUUGCCUGGCAACAACCACUGAGGGCAGCUAGUUAAAGUUACAGGUGCUCCUUUUAUCAUUUUGGUUUUGUUUUUUUUAAAAAACCAUGUAUUUUAGAUUUCAGAUUUUUCUGCGAACCUGGGUCAUUUUUCAGGUGUGUAGGAAGAUUUGUCUUGCUCGUUCAUGGCUCCAGUCUCUGGAUUUCAGUAUCCACAGAUCAGGGUCACUGGGCUAUUAGUAUAUAAGAUGGCCCUGGUAAGUGUGUUUACUGUGUUUUAUUAUUGUUAUAUGAAGUUUUGCUGUUCAGUUUAAAAUUGCUUUCAAUGGGAGCUAACCAAAGUCUUGUUUCAUCUUCUUCUAUUUGUUAAAUUCCCACCACUGUCCUUGUAAAAAUUGGUGCAGUAGUUCAAGGGAGAUUCACUUCUGUUUGUUUUGUUUUUUAAACUACUACUACUGCAACUACAUACUGUAUUGUGGAAUGAACCUAGCACAUGACUUUGGACAGAAAAAGAAAAUUCAACACAUGAACUCAGCACCUGACUUGGGACAAAUCAUUCCUACCAGCAGUUACUGACUUACUUUCUUCUCUUGCAUAUUACUCAUGCUGUUUAGCAAAGUAAAAUAUAUAAGGGAACAGUAGUGAGAAAACUACUACAUAAAAGGUACUAAAGGUACCUUUACCUUUAGUGAGAAAACUGCUACAUAAAACGAUAUAUUAAGGCAUAUUUUUAAUGUUUAUACCAUGGCUAAUUCAAAUGAAUUAAUGUGAUCCAGUGAGCUACUUUAGGAACACCACAAUUUUGGUGCAUAUUUGGUACAAUUUUGCUUCCCUCUGUCCUUCUUUAAAGAUGCUGUCACAAAUUGUUUAUGAAAGAUCCUUAUGUAUCAAGGUAGUUUGCCGACUUGAAGAACUGAUGGGGAAACAGAAGCCCAAACCCCCAUGAGAAUAUUAUGUUACUUUUGCUGAUCUUUGAAUUCCAGACAAUAUAAAAAAUUCACAUCCUG